CUCACUACAGAAACUCACCGAAGGAAACAGACGCCAGUGCUCCUCCCGGGGCUGCCACCACGGCUCCGGCAGGCGGGCCGGGGACCGGCCGAACCUGAGUUGACGGUGGAGGGGCUCGGGUUAGCUAGAUGGGCGGUUGGUCAGAUGCGUAAGCGGUAGUAUGCGAGCUCAGUUCGUUGUUGCUGGUUGGCUGUCUAGCCGGCCGAUCCGUCUGCUCACCCGGCCUGCCCGUUCCUGCCUUUCGUCUGCAGCGGCGGCCAGCUCCGGCUCGGUGUCCAAAACAAAAUGGCCGCCACAUGCAGUGCUUGUGGGACCGGCUAAAAUGGCGUCUACGCCAUUACGUCAGGCGCCAGAUCCGUGCACGACUGGAGGGCGUGAAAGAUUUGAGCUACGCCUGCGCAGAGCUGAGAAACUGAUGUCUCCUUGACUUCCAACUGGAACCUUGAACCCCCACAUUCCUGGACCUUGAGCUUUCCUCAAGUAGGAAGGUGUAAUGCACCUUGACCUCUUUCUAAAGAAGACACUUCUCCAAAUAAGAGAAGUGGGAUCCACCCACUUCCAGAUCCCAGAGGAGACAGACAUCGGAUGGCUGUUAUUUCCUCCUAAAAUGUCUGCAUUUACCCAGAUAAUCUUCCAAUGGAAAUCCAUGGCUCAAGUGCCACCUCUUCAGGAAAGCCAUCUCUCUUCAAUCAGGUCAGCCCUGACAAAGGUCAGCUAGCCCCUUAAGGACAUCAGCUUUGGCCUCAGGGUCCUAAUGGCAGCAGAACCACUGACAGAGCUAGAGGAGUCCAUUGAGACCGUGGUCACCACCUUCUUCACCUUUGCUAGGCAGGAGGGCCGGAAGGAUAGCCUCAGCAUCAACGAGUUCAAAGAGCUGGUUACCCAGCAGUUGCCCCAUCUGCUCAAGGAUGUAGGCUCUCUUGAUGAGAAGAUGAAGAGCUUGGAUGUGAAUCAGGACUCAGAGCUCAAGUUCAAUGAGUACUGGAGACUGAUUGGGGAGCUGGCCAAGGAAAUCAGGAAGAAGAAGGACCUGAAGAUCAGGAAGAAGUAAAGCUGCCUGGCUGGGAUGGGGGUGGACAGGGCAGGGCUGGUCAGGGCCGAACAGAACUGCACUCUUCCCAAAUAAAGCUUCAUCCUUGAAA